AAGGGAAGGUAUGGGUCAGGCUGAGUGGUGUGCAAGCAGUGCUUUGCCUUGCAAAGCAGUCUUUGCUGGCCACUCCAGCCCUGAGAUGCUCCCAGGGCCUUCUGCAGAGCCAGCAGGCACCAUGCAGUUGAGUUUAGGGGUGAGCUCCAGGAGGGCGUUCCUCUGGGCAGCCCCACAUGGGGUUUUGUAUGAUGGUGGUGCCCCUGCAGGCACCCAGGAACUGUCUCCAAGGUGCUCCUGUGUGGAAGGGAGAGAACAGCGUCAUGAAGGAAUCCCCUGCUUUAAUUGCAUCCUGUGUCUUUCUGAUUGGAAGGAUGUUUAAUGGGAGUUGCUCUGUCCUGUGUUUGUUUGCAGAUGUGACUGGACGAGAUGACCCAGCUUCCCGUCUAAGUUCUGGGACUGAAACUCUGGCGGAUCGCAUGGUAGUGCCCACAGGGAGGGCCUUGCCCGGUCCUUGGUUUCUUCCUGUGCCGGAGCGCAGCUGGAAUCCCAGGGGUCCGGAAGGAGGAAAGGAUGAAUCCCAAAGAGGAAGAUACUCCGAGGGCUCAUCCCAUCUCCUGGAGGAACUGGUGAAGGAAAUGGAGAAGGCAGCGCGUGAAGGGGCUGACCAACAGACUGCGCAGAAGGAGGCACUGCAAGAAGGCAGCCCUCCCACACGGCCAGCCUUGGACAAUGAAACCCAGGCAGUGCAAGCAACUGGCAUGCCAGGGAUGAAUGCAGGGAACACGACGGCUGCUGUUCGCACAUUUCAGCGACAGCGCUACAUCUCAGCGAUUGCGGCGGCCUCUGCUGUGCUGCUGUCUGCGCUGGUGCUGGCCUGCGUUGCCGUGUCACGGAUGUGGAAAAAAUAUCUAGAGGGCAAGAGAGAAAAGAAAGCAGCAAAACGAGCUCAUCCUGACACCGAUGGGGAAAGAGUUCCAACUGGAGAUGAAGGCACGGUGGAGCUAGGAGAUGGCAAAAGAGGACUGGUCCCUUCCGAUUCGCUUGAAGAAGUUUCAAAUGACGAAAUACCGGUGUGGGAAAGGAUACCGUAUUGAUGCAAGGCAUCUGAAGUGUUUGUGAACACUGGAGUUGCACAACAAUUAUGAAUAAUAUAAUUGAUCAGUAACUGUAACAAGUUAGUGGGUGAUGAGAAAAGUAUAUAGUCUGACAAGUUACUGACAAACUAAUAAAUGACAUUGCAGCACAUCA